AUGCUGGUUAAAGAGUUCAAGACACCUUUUCAAGCCAUUGAUAUUGACCCGCAGUUCCGGCGCGUAGUUUCGUACUUCCGCCCGUCGGACUACGCUGCGUGGGCGGCCUCGUUGGCCUCUUUCCCUACGGCGCUGUACUUGAUGGAGUCAGCGAGUCCUACACGGCCACGCUUUGGCAUGCGCACUCCGAUGCGACUUGCCGGAACAUUGGGUCUUGUAGGAGGGUUCCUCCUAGCAUACCAGCGCUCGAGCUUCCGUUUUUGGGGCUGGAGUGAGAAUGAACGCGAGGUUGAACGCGCUAAAAAGGACAAGGAGGCUGGAAAAGUAAUUGGAAGGGGCGAGAGCUCUCUAUCUGAUGAGAUGCAAGGCGCCGCGUUCCGUAACAGUCUAUACUCGCAGCUCAACUUUGCGGUCCUCCCUUGGUUCAACUUUGUGAACCACAAGUUCCACGACACGCCGAGCAGCAGCAAUGCACAGGAGUAA